AACCAAAUAUACAUUAGGAACACUAGCAACUAAUCGUUCAAUCAUCCAAAAAAGUUUGAAGAAGAUGGGAGAAGAAUCCAAACAUGUAGCUCACUGUUUAGUGUUGGCUUACCCAGCACAAGGCCACAUCAACCCCAUGAUUGAGUUCUCAAAGCGUUUGAUUCAAAGAGGAUUGAAGAUAACACUUGUAAGCACGGUUUCCUUUUGGAACACCACAACCCCCCACACUUUGAAGAGCCUCUCAUCAUCUGAUCCUCAAAACAUUCAAGUUGAGAGCAUCUCUGAUGGCUAUGACAAUGGAGGCCUAGCAGCAGCAGAGUCCCUAGAGAUCUACAAAGAAACCUUCUGGAAGGUUGGUCCAAGAACUCUCUCAAAUCUCAUUCAAAAGCUUGCAAGUAACAACAACCCUGUGGAUUGUGUUAUUUGCGACGGUUUCUUGUAUUGGGCACUUGAUGUGGCAAAAGAUGAGUUUGGGAUACUUGGUGCUUUGUUUUUUACUCAACCUUGUGCUGUUAACAACAUAUACUUCCAUGUUUAUAAGAAGUGGUUGGAGUUGCCACUUUCAGAGUCUGAGUAUUUGAUUCCAGGUUUGCCUAAGCUUGCAGCUUCUGAGUUGCCAUCUUUCUUGUAUGACUAUGGAUCCUAUCCAGGCUACUUUGACAUCAUUAGAAAUCAAUUUUGCAACAUUCAUAAGGCAGAUUGGGUGCUUGCCAACACUUUCUAUGAAUUGGAGUCUCAGGUUGUUAAUUGGUUGAAGGAGAUUUGGCCACUGAAGACAAUAGGGCCAUGUGUGCCAUCGAUGUACUUGGACAAAAGACUUUUACAUGACAAUGAUUAUGGUGUUAGCAUCUAUGACCAAAACAUAGAUUCUUGCAUCAAAUGGCUCAAUGACAAGACCAAAGGUUCAGUUGUUUAUGUCUCUUUUGGAAGCAUGGCUGGUCUCACUGAGAAACAAACAGAGGAACUAGCAUUUGGUUUGAAGGAAAGUGAUUGUUAUUUCUUGUGGGUUGUUAGAGAUUGUGAUCAUGCUAAGAUUCCAAAGUGGUUUUUGGAAACUAAUGAUUCAGAGAAAGGUUUAGUAGUUACAUGGUGUCCUCAACUACUAGUGUUAACACAUGAUGCUGUUGGAUGUUUUCUUACACAUUGUGGUUGGAACUCAACAUUGGAGGCCAUAUGUUUUGGAGUUCCUACAAUUGCAAUGCCACUUUGGACUGACCAAAUCACAAAUGCAAAGCAUAUUAAGGAUGUUUGGAAAAUGGGAGUAAGAGUUGAUGCUGAUGAGAAAGGUUUGGUUAGGAGGGAAAGUAUUGGAAAUUGCAUAAAGGAGAUUUUGGAGAGUGAGAAAGGGAAUGAGAUAAAAAACAAUGCCUUGAAGUGGAGGAAUUUGGCUAAGGACUCUGUUGAUGAGGGAGGAAGUUCUGAUCAAAAUAUCACCGAGUUUGUGGCAAAAUUGGCUCAAUUAUGCUCUACAUGAAUUAAUUGAUGCUUUGCUUGCUCAGAUUUGUUGGUGUUACAUGCAUUCUAAUAAGUUUGAAAUUAAUAAGGUUGUAAUGGCUGGUGAGCGUUUACAUGUUAUGGUGAUAUGCUCUGACUAGUGUUGCCAUUAUUAUUUUUCUUUUUUUCAUCUUGUAUGUCGUAUUGUUAUAAGGAAAAGUCUAGGGAGCAACAAUUUUUGUA